ACGACCAUAACUGUACUACUGCUGGUGGCCAUCUUGAUCCUGACGGUUUUGGCGUAGAGGGAUAUGUUUGCGAUCCUAAACAAAAAGAUAAAUGCGAAGUUGGUGACUUGAGCGGUAAAUAUGGUGCCUUGGAGCCGAAAAAAGAUGGAUAUGUUUAUGAAGAUAUCUAUGAUUAUUUCCUAAAAUGGGAUGGCCCGGCUGGUAUUACAGGUCGCUCGAUUGUCAUUCACUUAUCCGACGUAAACAAAACCAGAUACGAUUGUGCCAAUAUCAUCACUAAAAAAUAUAAACGAUUUUAA